AUGCGCAUCAUCGACGACCAUGGAGGCGGAGGGGCCCGCGCUGUCGACGUUUCCUUCGGGAGCAGCUCGCCGAAGACAGCAUCCUACGCAACUGAUACGAGCCCCGACAACAGAGCAGACUGCCGCACCGAAACAGGACCCAAGCAAGGAACUCAGCGGCAAAGCGGCAUCCCAAAGCGAGACCUCGACCAGCUCUGGCGCUGGAACGCAGUCGUGCCAAAAACUAUUCAACGAUGCAUGCAUGACAUCAUAUCAGAGCAGACAAGGCAGAGACCGGAAGAUGUGGCUGUCCAGUCGUGGGACGGCUCCCUGACCUAUUCAAGGCUUGACGAGCUUUCAAACCAGCUGGCUCUGCAUCUACGUUUUCUGGGAGUCGGCACUGGUGUCACAGUACCGCUUUGCUUUGAAAAAUCAAUGUGGGCUGUGGUUGCGCUUCUGGCUGUCAUGAAAGCGGGCGCAUCUUUCUCAUUGACAGAUCCAAGCCAGCCUGAGGCUCGUCUCCAAACAAUUGUUGAGCAGACAGGUGCGAAGGUCGUCGUCACAUCGGCUUUGCAGAGCUCACUGGGAGCUAAGAUUUCAGCGGGAGGGAAAGUUGUUGUUGUCUCUCAGUCUACAUUUGACAAUGCUCUGCAGCUCUCUUCAGAUCCUCUCCCUGCUGUACCAUCAUCGUCUCUCCUAUACGUCAUUUUUACCUCAGGCAGUACCGGCAAACCCAAAGGUGUCUCAAUAUCGCAUGAAAACUACACCAGCGGGGCCAUUCCCCGAGCAGAGGCCGUCGGCUAUAAAUCAACCUCGCGCGUAUUCGACUUCCCGUCCUACGCCUUCGAUGUCAGCAUUGACUGUAUGCUCUGUACAUUGGCCUGUGGCGGUCAGAUCUGCGUCCCCUCCGAGCAAGGCCGAAUGAAUGACUUGAGCGGUUCGAUUCGAGAGAGCAAGGCCAAUAUGGUGCACAUGACACCUUCCGUGGCUCGGGUUCUGGAUUCUGAUAUCAUCCCAUCGCUAGACGUCCUCGGACUCGGUGGCGAAGCAGUGUCUUCCAGUGACGCCGCAGUAUGGAGCCAAUAUACCAGUCUAGUCAUUGCAUACGGACCUUCAGAGUGCACAGUCGGCUGCACAAUCAACAACGAGCUCAAUUUGUCCACCGGAAUCGGAAAAGGAGUUGGCGGUACGACAUGGCUGGUCAAUCCGGAAGAUCACAACGCCCUUGUCAUGAUUGGCGAAGUUGGUGAGCUACUGAUCGAAGGUCCAGUUGUUGGUAUUGGCUACCUCAAGGAGCCAGCCAAGACUGCGGAAGUAUUCAUUGAAGAUCCCACCUGGCUCACAGACGGUUAUGCUUCUUAUCCUGGCCGGCGGGGCAGAUUGUAUAAGACUGGCGAUCUGGUUAGAUAUGAGUCAAACUUGUCUGGAUCUAUUGAGUUUGUAGGCAGAAAGGAUCAGCAGGUCAAGCUUCGUGGACAGCGUGUCGAAUUGGCCGAGGUAGAGCAUCAUCUCCAGGCCUGCCUGCCCACUGGAGUCAAAGUCGCCGCUGAAGUUAUCAAGCCGGAAAGUGGAUCACCAACUUUGGUGGCAUUUCUGGUUGAAACAUCUCUUACCGAUUCUGACGCCGCCAAAAUCUUUGUUGAUCCUUCCCCCGACCUAUCAGCUGCGCUUGAUGUUAUCGACACCACCCUUGGCGCCAAAGUACCGAGAUAUAUGGUACCUGCCGCAUUUAUUACACUUGCCUUGAUGCCUUCAAUGGUAUCAGGCAAGAUUGACAGGAGAAAACUUCGUGAAAUAGGCAUCACGGUGCCUCGAUCCAAACUUGGCACGACGCACGCAGACCAAGGACCACAAGAGGAGCCCGAGACAGACGCCGAGAAGAAGUUGGCACAUGCUUGGAACUGUGUCCUGGGGUCUCAAAGCACUGUUUUCAAAGCGAGUAACUUUUUUGGUCUUGGUGGCGACUCUCUUCGCGCCAUGAAGCUUGUAGCUGCAGCGCGAGAGCAGGGGCUGGCAUUAACGGUGGCCGAUAUCUUCAGUAGCCCAACGCUCUCUUUCAUGGCAAACAAGGCCACCCAUAUCUCAUCACAGACAUUGGGGGAUACGAAGCCAUUCUCCCUACUUCCCAAGUCUUGGAGCGAAGAUACCGCCCGAAUAGAUGUUGCUUUAUUGUGCAGCAUCGAGCCAAAGCUUGUUGAGGAUGUAUACCCUUGCACGCCCCUCCAAGAAGCGCUCAUGGCACUUUCCAGCAAGUUCAAAGAGGCAUAUGUGGCACAGAGAGUUGUGGCGUUGAAGGAUCUUGAAACUGCCAUGAAACUCAUUGCAGCAUUCGACGAAGCCUCCCAGAACAGCCCUAUUCUGCGUACCCGAAUUGUGCAGGUCCCUAGACGCGGGCUUUUUCAGGUCGUAGUCAAUGGUAAAUUCGAGUAUCGGACUGGCACCAAAGUUGCUGAUUACCUGGUUUCCGAUCGCGAGGCGGCCAUGGAUCUUGGCAGACCUCUGAUUCGAUGUGCGAUCAUCAAUGAUGCCGGUUCUAGUACCCUUUCUUUCGUUUUGACCAUGCAUCAUGCACUAUAUGACGGAUGGGCUAUGCCUCUCAUUGUGGAACGCAUCAACCAGGCCUACCAAGGCAAGUUGUUGUCACGAGCUGCAGAGUUCAAGCAUUUCAUCGGCUACCUCUCGGCAAAAGAUGGAAAUGAGUCCGAAGAAUACUGGAGGAAUCAGCUGCGGGGCACUCAUCGUCUUCAGUUCCCGACACUACCAUAUGAAGGAUACCAGACCCAGGCAGACGAGCUGUUGGAGGAAUAUGUUUCCCUGCAAGACUUGCCUAAAUCCAAUGCCACGGUGGCAACAGUAAUUAGAGGCGCUUGGGCGAUUGUGGCGUCACAAUACAUCAAUAAAUCCGAUGUUGUCUUCGGAGAGACCCUGACGGGGCGAAACGCGCCGAUAUUGGGAGCCGAAGAAAUUGAGGGACCGAUGAUCACUACUGUACCAGUUCGUGUGCAAGUUGAUCUUGAGGCCCAGAUUGGCGAAUUCUUGCAAUCAAUUCAGGAACAGAUCAUUGGUCAGAUUCCGCACGAGCACUUUGGUCUGCAGCAUAUCCGUCAAUUGAGCCCUGACGCGCGAGAUGCUUGUGAACUUCGAACCGGCCUCGUCCUGCAUCCGAGCACCGAUUCUGGUGAAUUGCCUUUGGAUACAAACUUGCCAGCAAAUUGUCUAGUUCCAGCAGGUGAUGCCGAGGCUGCUCAAGAGGCACUCAAGUUCAACACAUAUGCGCUGAUGUUGGUGUGCUCUAUUGACCCCAAGGGAUUUUUGGUCAUGGCAAGCUUUGACUCCAAGACGGUUGAUAAGACCAUGAUGCAAAGGGUGUUAACCCAGUUCAAACAUGUCGCACAGCAGCUUUCUCAGGGCACGACCUCGCUUGUUGCCAAUAUUUACUCUCUUUCUGAUGCUGAUGCUGUCAUACUUCGGGAUAUUGUCGAAACGGCACAGGAAGAUCCGGUGCUGAAGGUUUACGAUGGCGCUUCGGGUGCGUACAUUGUUCGAUCAGAUGAUCCGAGAAGAGUGCUUCCAGUGGGUGCCAUUGGAGAACUGGUAAUACAGACCUCUCUGCCAAAACAGCUCCAGCUGCUGGCUCUUCCGCAAUGGCUAGCGGAACUGCGUUCUUUCUCACCAACGGAUGGUUUGUAUCUUACAGGAAAACUGGCCAAGUACGAUAUCGCGGGCAAGAUACAAAUCAUCGGGGAAAAGGCUACUAUGAAUGCUACAGACGCCCCUGAAGCGAAGAAGACAAUAAUUUCUGCAACAUCUCAACGUCAACGCAGACUUCGAGCAUUGUGGAGCCGUGUGUUGCGUGUCCCGGAGACAGAGAUUGGAUUAGAGGAUAAUUUCUUCUUACUCGGAGGUGAUUCAAUCUCGGCCAUGAAGCUUGCGUCUGAAGCUCGACCAGAGGGCAUUCGCCUUACCGUUGCGCAAAUGUUUAAGAGCAAGACUCUAGUGGCGAUGGCUGCGGUAAUGGAAUGUACCGAAGAGUCGACAUGCACAACAGAAGAUCCUGCUUAUUCCCCCGCUGAGCCAUUUGCUCUUCUCAGUGGAAUUGAUGACAGGAACGCUUUUCUUGCCGAUGUUGUUCGCCCGCAGCUCGAGAACAAGGCCUGGACUGUCGCCAAUGUGCUGCCAACACGAUUCCUGCAGCAAAUUGCAGUUCGGGGCACCACAGAGAAACCACGAUUCUCCGCGCGCUAUGAGCUCAUAUUUUUCGAAGGAGAGGUUGAUUUGCCCCUUCUUCGCCAGAGCUGCCAGGAUCUAAUCUCUCACAACGAGAUUCUCCGCACAGUGUUUGUCGAGAGCGCGGGAAGAGGAUACGCCGUUGUGCUUGACUCCCUCGCCGCAUCAUUCGAAGAAUACGCCUUUACCAAUCCCGAACAAGGCCUUUCAUCUUUUUCUAAGGAUAUUUGUCGUGCCGACGUUGAGAAGCCCUUACCGCUUGGCUCCAGCUUCGUCAAAUGGCUCUAUGUCUCCGAUCCCCAAAGCCCCUCCUCGCGCAGCUGUCUCGUCUUUCGCAUCUCCCACGCGCAGUACGAUGAGAUGUGCCUCCCAAUUUUGCUGCGCCAGCUGUCUGCUCUUUACACCCACAAAAAGACGCCGGAGCCUUCAUUGCCAUUUUCCUCGUAUGUCUCUCGUGUGGUGAAGCACGCCAUCCCCGCCAGUGUACCCUACUGGAGGGAACUUCUCGCCGGCUCCACGAUUACUGCCCUCCGUCCAAAUAUUCCGAUUACCAAUCGAAAACACUUCGCCAUCGAGAGAAACCUUGAUAUUUCCAUGUGGAAUCGCGAAGUCACUGUAGCGUCCCUGCCCACGGCCGCAUGGGCGUUGUGUCUCGCGCGCCGCCAAGAGCUACGGGAUAUUGUAUUCGGUGAAGUCGUCAGCGGCAGAAACAUCGAACUUGAAGGCGCAGACACUGUUACAGGGCCUUGCUGGCAGUACGUGCCGUUUCGUGUGCGCAUGGACGAGUCGUGGAUUGGCGCAGAUCUACUCGCGUUUGUGGAGCGGCAGCAUAUCCAGAGCGCAGGAUAUGAAGGUAUAAGCCUAGAAGAGAUUGCCGAGCUGUGUAGCCCAGGGUGGGAGAAACAGAGGAGCAUGACGGGCGAGGAUGGGCUGGAGCAGUGGUGGUUCGACACGGUGGUGCAUCAAGAUGUAUCGCACGUGGCCUCGCGUGAGAAUACAAAAGAGGAGGCAGAGAACAAGUACGAGACACUGUAUGUCCACGAGGAACCGCUACGAGAAUGGAAGAUCCAGGCAUUUGUGCACGAAGGUGGCAACAGAGUUACAUUGGAGAUUGUAACUUUCGAGAGCUGGGGUGGGUACGCGGAGAAGCUACUAGGAGACUUGAUCGGUGUGAUGGAGGACCUGGUGCAGAGACCGGAUAAAAAGUUGUUUGCACUUUAA